GAUGAUGCAUAAACUAGUAAACACAUUUUUAAAAUGGAGACGAUAAGAGGUGCGCUGAAAAUUAUAAUUCUAGGAAGCCUUUUAAGUCAUGUUAGCAGUAAUUGUGAUCCAACAUUUGGACCAAGCGGAAAUUUCGCGUGCGUUCUUUUAAAACCAUACUACAAGAAGUACCAAUAUGCAACAUGUCAAACCAGUUUAUACAUAAAGUUGAAUUCCGAUAAUCGUCACGUUUGUCGUACGAUGGCAGAUGGAACACGACCACUUUAUUGCUGGAACCAGUGUAUGCUGGAACUACAUGAACUAGCGGAAGGACCUGUAUAUAGUGAUUGUGAGUGUAGUCCAGGGGACUCGUUAACAAAUAAUCCAAUGACCAAGUAUAUCAAAUUACCAGGGAAUUGUUACAGUCCGAAUGGACGUGACUGUUCAUGGUUCAACAAAUGUUUGCGCGCGAAAUAUUCGUGUAGUGGGAAUAACUUUAACGACAUGAUAGGCUUUGCUUUAGCCAUAUGCCAUACUCAAGAGAAAAUAAAAGACGCAAACGGAUACAAAUGGCUUGCAUCUGUAACUGCAUGCCUGCAGGUACAGAUGGCCCCUGUUUUAAAACAAUGGAUACAUUUAAAAUGUUCCACCCUUGAAAGAAAAGCGAGUGCCGUUCAACAAACAUGUCUUAAAAAUCCACUAGGAGUUGAAUCACUUUGUGAAUUAGAGUCUAAAGAUAUAUGGUUUGCAUUUUGGGCAAUACGCGAGUACUUUACUACAAAUAUUGUUUCCGAAAUAACCGAAUUCUUAACAAAAGUUCAGGACUGUUCCAAUGGAAAGAUGGUCAGUGUCCUGAGAAAGGUAAAACUUAACCUUGGCAAAAAGAUCAAACGGAUUACACACUCUGUUGUCGAGAAGUAUCUCACAAAAGUCGUCAACGCACUUAAGUGGAAAGAGAAGGGCGUUUUAUGGCUUGCAAAAUAUGAACAGCACCAGUACGUUAUGAUACUUAUAGCUCUUAGACAAAAUGAUAGUUAUUAUCAUAACACUACAGAUGACAGAAGUCUUGAUAAUAUAUUGACGAAUCUGGCCGAUGCCUUUGAGAAUGGAACAUUUCAAUUUGUCGUUGACGGGGAAAGUGUGGAACCAAAUACCAUGUUUGCAUGCAGUGAUUAUAUCUGCAGUGAUACUUAUUUACAUCGGAAUGCAACAUACCCAAUGCAGCAAGGCACAGAAGAUGGAAAUCACAAAGAUGCAAAAAGUAUUAUAGGAUUUGGAGUUUGUAUUUUUUCCGGAUUUCUAAUUCUUUCGAUUCUUAUUUUUUGCGUCGUGAAAUGGGUACGGGUACGUCAGAAGAAAUCAGAAGAUUUGCGGCACUUUGCAGCGGAAGAACAAACGGAUAACUAUUAAUCAAAAGGAAUUAAUUUGAAAAACAAAAUACUAACACCAUUAUUAGAUCAACAGUAGAUCAAUUGUUUAAGAUGGUAAACAGUAAAAUUACAUGUCUUAUUUAUGAAUGAUUUACAGGCAUUUUUCCUUCGUACUCUAUGGUUUAUCCUACUAAAAAAUAUAAACUGAAAGACCUGAGAUAAAUAUCAGGAUAAAGAAUACAUAUAUUUCUUAGUUUUGCCUGAUCUAAGAAGAACUUUGGGGUUUUAGCAUUCUUCUAGCUUGCAAUGGAAACGCACAAUCAUACGUGCAUUUGAAGGCUCGAUUCUGAUUUACUGAUUGUCAAUGUAUUUGGGUAUAAAUGAAAGUUUGAUGAAUGAUAUGUUGAUAUACUUAUUAUCAAAGAGAUGUAAUUAAAAAAAUAACAAUCCAAAGGACGAAAAUGUAUCAAAGCUACGCGAUGAGUAAACAAAUCAACAUAAUUUAUUGAUUGCAUUUUUUUAGCGUUAAAACAAAUUUAUAAAGAAAAAAAAAGAGGUAUCAUGAUGGUUAUUAAUUUGUUAGUCUUGUGUAAAGAAAACAACGUCUUGCUAGUUGAGAUGCUUGAUGAUUCUAAAGAUUCGUCGAUACGUAACAAUAGCGUUACUUUACAUAACAAUCGUGUGCGCGAAUGUCCGGGAAAUAAUUACACAGCAUUACGUUCUAAAUAUAACAAUAUUAUGGGGGCAUCAAAAUGCAAAAAAAAAAUAAAUUAAUUUUAAAAUGAUAACACAAUUUGAGUUCUAAAAAUAGAUCACAUUGAAAGUUUAUGUAAAAUAUCAUAUUACGUUAAAUGUCCUUCACUAAAAUCAGUUAACAGUCUUGUUUCCACCAAUAACUAUAGUUUCAAGGGAUAUAACUUCACAAUUGGUCGUGUGGUAACUAGGUCUAUAGAAGUCCGUACUUAUGCUGCACGAAUAAGUUCACCACCUUUGAUAACGUCUUCUAUUAUUCAUAAUCUCCAUAAGAUUCACUUUCUUAUUGAUCUACAUUAACUAUGUUUGUCGAUGAUAUUUACGUAAUCCCAUUAAUACAUUCGUUAGACCAACGUUUUGCAAAGUGGUCUAAUACAAGUCCUUUUCUCUCGAAUAGUUUGUUUGCUGAAUCUAGAUCUUGAAUAUUCGCGUUGUGUAUAUCGUUGUGUCAGAAUAGGUAACAAAAGAAACUACGCAAAAUAAUAAUGAUACAUAAAUUAACAAAGGACUACUAGCAGUUACUGACAUGCCAGCUCCAAACCUUAAUUAAACUGAUUGAAAGAUUAUGUCUUCAUCAUAUGAAAAUUAAACACCAUCCCUCCCGUUAGGAGUUUAGUAUCAUACGAUCAUAACAUAUAUGAGAAGAACAUAACCCGUAUCAUGCCAACAACUGGUUUUAGAAUAAAUGUGUUUAUUUCCGAUGCAAAGACCCAAUUAGUGAAUCAAUAUCAAUACCAAAAACAUGCCAUAUUUAAUGAUCUAACACAAUAUCGUAACUCUAUCCCUUCUAAUUAAGUCUAAUGAGUCUGUUUGAAUGUUUGGUUAGCUUUUGAGAUGAAUGCCGACAUUUUUGUGCUUUGUAUAGAAUAUAGCAACAUAAAAGAUUGGAUUUGAAAUACCUGAACGUCUAAGAUGUCUGCAUGUUCAUUUAUAUUUACGAAUGAUGUUCUUGUACCGAUGAUAAAAUUUAGUAAAUGUUUCAUCACUGUU